AGUGCCUUAGAUGUAAUUAAGUUUUUUAAAAUACCAAACGAUUAUUAAAUUAAACGAACAAAGAUGAAGUUACUACCAGUUUUUCUGGCAGUUGUUCUUUUUACUACUGUUGCAUCUGCUGCCAGUUGUGGAUCUUGUUCUCGAAUUGUUAAGCUCAAGAAACUUAAGGAGCAUCUUCGGAGUGGAGAAAGCAGUGAGAGUAUUGCAAGCAGUGUGAGUCACCAUCAUGGAAAACACCAUAAAAGCAGUGAAAGCGACGAUAGCGACGAUAGCGAUGAAAGCAGUGAAAGUGACGAGAGUAGUGAGAGUAGCGAAGAAUAUGUAAGGCCUGAGAAGCCUGGAGUUAGCGGCUCUCAUGAAGUUGGAUCUGGAUGGCCUGGACUGCCAGGACGACCUGGACGACCUGAACGACCUGAACGACCUGGACGACCUGAACGACCUGAACGACCUGAACGACCUGAACGACCUGAACGACCUGAACGACCUGAACGACCUGAACGACCUGAACGACCUGAACGACCUGAACGACCUGAACGACCUGAACGACCUGGACGACCUGGAUGGCCUGGAAAUGGAGGACCUGGAUCGGAAGGACCUGGAACUGGAGGACCUGGGUCAGAAGGUCCUGGAUCAGAAGCACCAGGAGUAGGAGGGCCAGGAGGUGAAGGACCUGGAUCUGAAACGCCUGGAUCAGGAGGGCCUGGAUCGGAAGGACCUGGAACUGGAGGACCUGGGUCAGAAGGUCCUGGAUCAGAAGCACCAGGAGCAGGAGGGCCAGGAGGUGAAGGACCCGGAUCUGAAGCGCCUGGAUCAGGAGGGCCUGGAUCAGAAGGGCCUGGACCCGAAGCGCCCGGAGCAGAAGGACCUGGCUCCGAAGGACCAGGAACAGGAGGGCCAGGAGGUGAAGGACCCGGAUCUGAAACGCCUGGAGCUGGUGGACCUGGAUCUGAAGGACCUGGUACUGGAGGACCUGGAAUUGAAGGGCCUGGAUCGGAAACACCUGGAAACGGAGGACCUGGAUCGGAGGGACCAGGAUCCGAAGCACCCGGAACAGGAGGGCCAGGAAUAGAAGGCCCUGGCUCUGAAAUACCUGGAACUGGAGGACCCGGAUCGGAAGCACCUGGUACUGGAGGACCUGGAAAUGAGGGACCAGGAUCAGAAGCACCUGGAACUGGCGGACCUGGAUCAGAAGGACCAGGAACUGGCGGCCCAGGAUCAGAAGCACCUGGAACAGGAGGGCCUGGAGCUGAAGGGCCAGGCUCUGAAACACCUGGAACUGGAGGACCCGGGUCUGAAACACCUGGUACUGGAGGACCUGGAUCGGAAACACCCGGAACUGGCGGACCUGGAUCUGAAACACCUGGAAACGGAGGACCUGGAUCGGAAACACCCGGAAAUGGUGGACCUGGAUCAGAAGGACCAGGAACUGGAGGACCAGGAUCAGAAGCACCCGAAUCAGGAGGACCAGGAGCUGAAGGGCCUGGCUCUGAAACGCCUGGAGCUGGAGGACCCGGAUCUGAAGCACCUAUCACUGGUGGACCUGGGUCAGGUGGACCUGGAUCUGAAGGACCUGGAACUGGCGAACCUGGAGCUGAAGGACCUGGAUCGGAAACACCUGGAACUGGCGGACCUGGAUCAGAAGGACCAGGAACUGGAGGACCAGGAUCCGAAGCACCCGGAGCAGGAGGGCCAGGAGUUGAAGGACCUGGCUCUGAAACGCCUGGAGCUGGAGGGCCCGGAUCUGAAGCACCUGGCACUGGUGGACCUGGGUCAGGAGGACCUGGAUCUGAAGGGCCUGGAACUGGAGCACCUGGAGCUGAAGGACCCGGAUCGGAAACGCCUGGAACUGGCGGACCUGGAUCUGAAGCACCUGGGAACGGAGGACCUGGAUCAGAGGGACCAGAAACUGGAGGACCAGGAUCCGAGGCGCCCGGAGCAGGAGGACCAGGAGGCGAAGGACCUGGCUCUGAAACACCUGGAACUGGAGGACCCGGUUCUGAAGCACCUAGCACCGGGGGCCCGGGAUCGGAAGGACCUGGAGCUGAAGGACCCGGAUCGGAAGGACCAGGAUCCGAAGCACCCGGAAUAGGAGGACCAGGAGCUGAGGGUCCUGGAACUGGAGGGCCUGGAUCUGAAACGCCUGAAACUGGAGGCCCUGGGCCUGAAGCGCCAGGAACUGGAGGACCUGGAUCUGGCGGACCUGGAUCAGAAGCACCAGGAACUGGAGGACCUGGAUCUGAAGCACCUGGAUCAGAAACCCCAGGAGCUGGAGGGCCCGGAUCGGAAGCACCUGGAACUGAAGCGCCUGGAAAUGGAGGUCCUGGAUCCGAAACACCUGGAUCUGGGGGACCAGGAUCUGAAGCACCUGGAAGUGGAGGUCCCGGAUCGGAAGGGCCAGGAUCUGAAGCACCUGGAACUGAAGCACCCGGAGUUGGAGGACCUGGAUCAGAAGCUCCUGGAACUGAAGCCCCUGGAUCUGGAGGACCUGGAUCGGAAGCCCCUGGAACUGAAGCACCUGGAUCUGGAGGAUCUGAAACUGAAGCGCCUGGAGCUGGAGGCCCUGGAUCGGAAGCACCUGGAACCGAAGUACCCGGAUCUGGAGGACCUGGAGCUGAGGGACCUGGAUCAGAAGCACCUGGCACUGAAGCACCUGGAUCUGAAACACCGGGAUCUGGAGAACCCGGAUCUGAGACACCUGGAACUGAAGCACCUGGAUCUGGCACUGAAGCACCUGGAUCCGAAACACCUGGAUCCGGAGGACCUGGAUCUGAAGCACCUGGAACUGAGGCGCCCGGAUCCGAAGCACCUGGAACAGAAGGACCUGGAUCUGAGGUGCCUGGAACAGAGGCACCUGGAUCCGAAACACCAGGAUCUGAGGGACCUUCCGAAGCACCUGCAACUGAAGCGCCUGGAUCUGAAGGGUCUUCUGAAGGACCUGGAUCCGAAGCGCCUGGAACUGAAGGACCUGGUGGAGCUGAAACCGAAGCGCCUGCAACUGAUGCACCUGGAACCGAAGAACCUGCAACUGAUGUACCUGUAACCGAGGCCCCUGUAACCGAAGAUCCUGGAAGUGAAGUGCCCGGAACUGCGGAGCCUGCAACCGAACAGCCAGGAACUGAAGAGCCUGCAACUGAAGAGUCUGGAAAUGAACCUGAAGCAACUACAUCUGCAUCUGAAGCCGAAGUAACGACUAACAGUGUAUAAACAAUUUACUGAAUUUUCAAAGCAGUUUCGACGAUUAUCCACCGAUUAUCGAAUAUUUGUUAUUACUACAAAUAAACUUUUGUCCAAAGAGAUACAUUCAUUAUAUACGAAUAAAGCACGCAUUGAAAGUA